AUGGUAGGCGCUUUUAGCCCAUAUACUGUAAAACGACGUCGCGUUGAAAUUGUUCGUGGUUAUUGUUAUCGUUUUGUCCAAUGUAGUUUUCCAUGUGGUAUUGUCAUGCUUAUAUUUUCAAUUUUAUUUAUUAUUAUUGGUGCAUGUCAACUUAUUUAUAUAAUUCAUUUUAAUGGUUGUAAUACAUUGACGAUAUCAAAUAAUGAUAGUGAUAACGAUGAUGAUUUACCAAUAUUACCUUCAUCCGUUUCAUCUAUAUCGUCAUCAUUUAAAUGUAAUCGACAAGCCAUGAAAGUAUUAGGUAUAACAUUUCUUGUUACGGGUUCUGUAUUAUUUUUAAUAAGUCUUCUCGUUACAAAAUAUUCACGUUCGAGCGAAGAAAAUAAUGUAAUACGAGCAACAGCAUCAUCAUUAUUAGCUAAUAAUGCUAAAAAUACUCAUAAUCAUCAUCAUCCUCAUCAACUUUGUCAACAGCAUCAUCCAUCUUCUCACUAUCAUCGUAAACCAUCAAGUUCAUCGAAUGAUCAAACAACUAAUAUUAUCGUAUCAAUACGAUAG